GUAACACCUAAAUAGCUCCCCUCCCCGACCUAGCAUUAGCAACAUGUCACAUACAUAACCGGAGUCGCAAUGUUUCCGCUAAGAACACUGCUGGUUUCCUACAAUAGAGCAUUGCUCGCGACUUGUAAACAAACGAAUGUCGUUCACGUCAGGAGGACGCUUCACCUGCAUCGGACACCUCUCUUAACAAGAACAGAUGCCAGGUGGGUUGGACUGCGGCACUCGUCCGGUUCGGUGGCGGCGAGCGGACAAGAGGAUUUCCUCAAAUGGUUUCUCCUGCUGAUCCCGGCCACUACGUUCGGACUCGGUACUUGGCAGGUGAAACGUCGACAAUGGAAAUUACAGUUGAUCGAUGAUCUGACCAGACUCACCACGGCCGAGCCUGUCCCGCUUCCUAUCGACCCCCUGGAGCUUCAACAGCUGGAGUACAGACGGGUGCGCGUGCGCGGCCGCUACGAGCACGACAAGGAGCUGUACAUCCUGCCACGUUCGCCUGUCGACCCCGAGAAGGAGGCCAGGGAGGCGGGACGCUUGUCGUCUAGCGGAGAAACUGGCGCCAACGUGGUCACACCGUUUUACUGCACGGACCUCGGCAUCACAAUCCUGGUGAACCGAGGUUACGUCCCCAGGCAGAAGAUUUCACCAGAGAGCAGGACCAAGGGCCAGGUAGAGGAUGAAGUGGAGGUGGUCGGCGUGGUCCGGCUGACGGAGCAGCGCAAGCCUUUCGUGCCUAACAACGACCCCGACCGAAACCGAUGGCACUACCGCGACGUAGAAGCCAUGGCGAACGUGACGGGAGCUCAACCCAUCUUCAUUGACGCCGAUUUUGGCAGCACCAUCCCAGGCGGGCCGGUCGGCGGUCAGACGAGGGUGACGCUAAGGAAUGAACACAUGCAGUAUAUUAUCACCUGGUACGGUUUGUGCGCAACCACCGCUUACAUGUGGUACGCAAAGUUCGUCAAGAAGAUUAAAGUGUAAAAUGUAAGAUGUGAUUUGUUUGUAUUUCAUUGCUCUGUGUGAUACUCUUAGGCUAGGUUCAUAUUGCAGGUCUCAGAGAGUUUAAGAGGACACUUCCAUUUAGGCUAAUGCUAUGCUAAAGCUACGAAUGUCAUUUAGUGUACGAUUAUCACUCAACACAGACCCAUGGACUUCAUAAUGUAUUGACAAGGCGCGGGGCCGAUAAAUGGGGGGCCUGCAUUGUUGGCAAGACCAUCAAAGCUGACUGAGUAGAAUCACAAAGAGCUUUUUUGUUGAAAACUCUUGUGAAUAAAUGCUUAAAUCCCUGAAUUCUUUAUAGAUAUGGACGUAAACUGUCUUAAUUCUUUGUCAAAGCAAAAAAAAAAAAAAAAAGCCAAACAAACAUGCAAUUAGCAUUUAUUUUACUUAAAUAUGUCGAAGUACAAUGCUAGUCUGUUAGUAAAUGUAGCUAGCGACCGCCUUAUGUAAACAGAGCUUUUCCAGUGAAUAUUGUAAUAUAAUAUUGAAAUUGUCAUCAUAAUGAAAAAAAAUUUUGUCGAUAAAUAUUUUCGUUGUCGUCAUCGUUGACAAAAACAACAUUGAUUCAAAGUUUAUAUGGAUUGAUAGCAUGCUCGCACUGUGCGUGCAUGUGGGUGCGUGUUUUCUGAAAUUUCCGGGUUCGCGGUGAGUCAGCAACCAGCACACGUUUGCUCAAUAGACUAUGUUUAUUGAUUAGAAAAGGCAGAAUAAAUGAGAUUUAUUGAUUACAAUACCACAAGAGCAAGCAAACAAGUAUCAAAAACAAGCAUAACAAAUGGCAGCGAUGACGCUAGAUUUGAGUUAGUCAAUCCCAGAAUCCCCGCAUUACGGUUACAGCACAACAAGUUGUCCCUCAGCAAUGAAAAUCGCUUACCGUGACAAAUGAGCGGGGAGCCAAAACACUCCGGUAAAGCGGCGAAAGGACAAAGCUGGGAGAUCCGUAUGUUUAAUCCACCAGCGGACUUCCGGGGUGUUGGGGGAAUCUCCCGACUCUUAUAGGCACGUCUGACGCGGGGACAUGGGUGGCCACUCCCUGCCCUCACGAAAACGCACCACCUGAACUCGCAAGCACCCCCCACCCCUCCCCCCGCUAGGGUAUGAGAUUCCCCCCCCAGUUUAGGCUCCCAGCAGUUAAAGUAGAAUGUUUAUUUAUCUCGUGAGAUUCUCUCCUAACUAUGGGACUCAAGCGCGUACUAUGGUGCAAAACAAGUUAUCUCGUGAGAUACCCUCCUAAAUAUGGGACCCAAGGUGAAAAACAAUAGAAGUUGUUACAAUCUAGGUCCCUGAAGUAUUCAUACAUCACAAAGGCAUAAUGUGCUAAUGUUAAGGCAUCCCAUAAUAUUUUCCCCCCAUCAGUGCGUCAGUUUGCCCCGACUCAGCCAUGUAAGCAAUACUGAAAUAUUGCUUAUUUGGUGCAUAGAAAGAAAACCAAGCAUUAACAGGGGUUAGCUCUCCUGCCUACAGGUCUCGCUCUUUGCUGACGUAAUUGCAGCGUAAAUUCCGAUUUGGGACACUUGACAGUUCGGACAGCCGCCACAUUCUGGAAAAAUGUGGCCCAGACCGGAUUUAAACCACAAAUGAAAGUGACCCAGAUCGAAUUUCAAAUAGUCCACUUUUAUGCGACCUGUCCCAUUUUUAAAAGUGGAGUUCAAGCUAGGCGUUAAUGCUAAUGCACAGCUACAUCGCUGCCGUGCUGCUUGCCGCUCUCGCUCUUUGCUGAAGUAACUGAUGCAUAAAUUCCGAUUUGGGAGACUUGACAGUUCAGACCGCCACCACAUUCUGGAAAAAUGUGGCCCAGAACGGAUUUAAACCACAUACGAAAGUGACCCAGAUCGAAUUUAAAGUGGUCCACUUCUAUGCGACCUGUCCUGUUCAGACUGUCAACAUGCCUCACUCAAGAUGGAAAAACAUGAAAAAUCGGAUUCGUGCAUUAAGGCCUGACCUGCGGUUUGAACCUAGCUUACGUCACCUCUAAAAUUAUUGGAACACCAAGUUGGAGUCCCCUUUGUUUUUGUUGUAUACCAAAGACAUUUGGGUUUCAGAUAAAAAGAUAUGACACAUAUGUUUAGAAUUCCAGCUUGUAUUUCGUGGUCUUUAAAUCAAGUAGGAAAGAUGUAAUGACCUUUUCUUUGAACCCACCCACUUUUCAAGUGAGCAAAAUAAUUGGGAGUGAUGAGAACAAACUUUGUAUGUUAUUAGGGGCCUUUGUCUUAUAUUUUCUCGAAUUUUAUUCAUAAAAAUCUGUGAGAAAAUGAAUCUAUGCUCCAUUAUUACUUUUACAUUUAUUUUCUAGUAGUUACGAAGUCACUUGCCCUGUAAAUAUACUGUGCUACCUCUACUUAAACUACUUCCACAACCAAUAAAUUUCGGAAUUUAAAUUCUGUAAGUAAAGACCAGUGUUGUUAAUCUUACUGGGAAAAAAAGUAAUUAAUUAGUUACAAAUUACUUCUCCCAAAAAGUAAUUGAGUUAGUAACUCAAUUACCUGAAUGUAAGAGUAAUUAGUUACUGCGCAAAGUAAUUGGUGAUAAUUACUUUUUUUUUUUCCCCUCAAAAAAAAAAAAAAAAAAAAAACAUUGGCCACACUAUGUGAAUUUUUUUGUGAACGUUUUUGGUACAAUUGGCCCGAGCCCAAUUCUUUACCCUAAUUUACCCUUUACCCUGAAUCAACUGUUAAAAGUUGUUAAAAUUGCUCCCAUUAUUGCAUUAGUUCCCUUCUCUCUACUUUCGACAUAUGAAAGUUUUAAAACUGUUUCAUCAUUUAAAGAUAUUCAAGUCAAGAUUUUGCCGAUUUAGAAGUAUUUUAGAUUUAAAAAAAGUUACCCAGGUUCGCUAGGAAGGUUCUCUACAACAUAGCUGUCCUAAAAAGUCUACUGCUUUAAGAUGGCGGCUGUUUACAAAAGCAUCUAGUGCCGUCUCUGUCAUUGUGCAUCUAGUUAUAUCUAUAUACAGUAUAUGUGAUAUCUACCAUGUCUACCAUAUCUACCAUAACAUGCGGGCGUAGUUUGUAGGCUAUCGGCUACAACAUGUAUUAUUGGAGCUACCUAGCAUCGCGUUUGCUCGGCGUCACAACUUUCUUGUCUCCUCCGCACUCCUGCUCUGCUUUGUCGUCUCGGUGAGUCCGUCUCCCUCAGACUUUUCGACCAAUAUAAUAACGCAUAGUAACGCAUGCCUUUCCGUCCUCAGUAACGGUAACGGCGUUGCCAAGAUGAGAAAAGUAAUUAAUUAGAUUACCCACUACUGAAAAAAAUAACGCCGUUAGUAACGCCGUUAUAUUGUAACGCCGUUAUUAACAACACUGGUAAAGACAUGUUUUCCAUGUGAAUGCUGUAAUCCAUGGGUGUCCAAACCUGUCCUCAAGGGCCGCUGUGGGUCCUGGUUUUUGUUCCUACCAAUCGAGCACGGACAGUUUAACCAAUGAAGUGUGUGCUAAAUUAAGCAGCACCUGACUGCAAUCAACUGAUUACACUUGUGAGACACCAGAUUGGUGACAGGUUGUCCUCAUGAUGGGUUUGAACAAAAACCUGCACCCACUGCGGCCCUAUGUGGAAUAGUUUGGACACCAAUAGAGGUGGGAAUCUUUGGGCACCUAAUGAUUCGAUUAUGAUUCAGAGACUCCGAUUCGAUUAUGAAUCGAUUAUUGAUGCCCCCCCAUUUAAAAAAAAAAAAAAAAAAAAAAAAAAUUUUUUUUUUUUUUUUUAUGUUUUGUAUAUUUGUUCCAAAAUUGUUCAAAAAUCCUCUCAGGCUAAAUAAACCAAACUACUAUUAUAGUAUCAAGUUACCGGUUAAAAACAGUAAAUAAAACUCAAGUCCCCAUUCUGUAUCAGCAGCUUUAAACUACAUUCAAUUAAUUUAAUGUUGUGAAUCAACCGUUAAAGUUGUUAAAAUUGUGCCCGUUAUUCCAUAAUUUCCCUCAUGUCUACUUUGGACAUGUGAAAGUUUACAAACUGUUUCAUCAUUUAAAGAUAGAUUCAAGACAAGAUUUUGCCGGUUUAGGGGUAUUUUAGAUUUAAAAAGUACAGUAAUUUCUGGACUAUAAGGCGUACCUGACUAUAAGCCGCCACAUCGGCAUUUGUUCAUAGAUAAGCCGCACUGGACUAUAAGCCGCAGUUGUCCUCAUUGUAUUAUGGGAUAUUUACACCAAAAGAUAUUAACUGGUAACACUUCAUUUGACAAUGGCAUCAUAAGACUCUCAUGAGACCAAAUAAACCACCAUUAAGCUUUGAACCAAUUGGGUGCAAAGCCUUAUUGUUUCUAAAAGCUUCAUUUGGCCAUCACUGCUCCCUUGGGGAGACAGUCAACCUCUGCUGCCACCUGCUUUCAACACUGUUGUCAUCCAACAUUCCUCCUAGCAUGCAUUGUGGUGCUACAGAUGUAAAUAGCAAUCAAAAUUCAUGUUCUGUGCUAAUUAUUUCUUCAGUUACUGUUCCAGUUGUUUCAUUAAUUGCCAGUUAUGGUAUUUGGUAACAUUUUCUUGGAUAGUGGUGCCAUAACACUGUCAUAUGACAGUCAUAAUUAUUACAUGACAAGGUCAUAAGCAUUAAUGAAUGCUUAUAAGAGGUCGGUUAGUGUCAUCCAGCAAACGAUCUCACUUUUGAAUGGCCGUAAAAGAUCUGAGCUGGACAUAAAUGGAGUUAGUGAAAUAAUAUGCCACAUGACACAUAUUGACAUCUGUCAUAAGCAUUCAGUAAUGCCCAUGAUAGUGUCAUGUCAUAAUUAUGAUGUUCUUAUGACAGUCUUAUGAGGCCCCUGUCAAAUAGUGUUACCUAUUAACCCAAUGAAGGAGAAAAGAUAUCGUCAUCGCACACACCAUAUAAUUGUCUGCAUUAGUCUAACACACAUAUAGUCUAACACAUACAUAUGGUACAGGUUGGCACCGUCUAACUGUUUGCAUUACUCUAACACACGUAAUAUAAUUAAUCAGGAAAUAGUAUCAUUUUCAUAUUUACGGUAUGACUACACUACUAAUAUAAAAUAAAUAGAACACCAUAGUUUAAUGAGAAGAAAUAGAAGAGAUACACAAUGCUGUCUUAUCACAAGAGUGACGCACCAACUCUGGCAAUCAGCUCUCCCAGCAAACUCCAAGGACAAAGCGCUUUGUCCUAAAACAAGUACAACCAGCCCGGACAGCCAAGUUGAUAGCGGGCGUCCCAAUCCGCGCACGAACCUAAGCCGCCCAAAACCGGGGGAUGGCCCAAAAGCAACGCCCAGAAACGCCUUCGACAAGGCCCGCCUCAGCAAAGACUUUAAAAAGACUGGACACUGAGAUAACACAGAUUUUUUUCUGCUCUGAAACACAUAGCCUUGUUUUGGAUCCAGAAUUGUCCCUCCGUCGUCUGUUUUUGCCUUGUUUUUACCAUUGUCGACAAAUAAAUUGUCAACCUGUUUUCGGUGAGUGUUCUUCAAGCUUUUGAAACAUGGAGUCCGUACAAAGGGUUAAAAUAAGAGGACGCGCGAGAUUCGGCCUUCCCGGCGGGCGCGCGCGGAGCAGCGUCAGCCGAGCGGCAAUUGUUUUGGCUGGUGCUGUUCUCGGGUGCGUCUGGGCCGGGGGGGCGAAUUUCAACACCAAAUACAUCAACAAAUAAGCCGCACUGGACUAUAAGCCGCAGGAUUCAAAACGAGGGGAAAAAAGUAGCGGUUUAUAGUCGGAAAAUUAGGGUAAUUAGGUUCUCUACAACAGAGCCUUCUAGAGAAGUCUACUGCUUUAAGAUGGCGCCUGUUUACUAGCGCGGGAAAGUCUGUCAUUUCACAUCUAGUCUAGAUAUAUGUGAUAUCUACCAUAGCCGUAUGUUGCCGUAUGUUUGUAGCAACUAGCAACUGGGCGCAGUUUGUAGCGGCUGAAGGCCGCAGUCAAGUAUGAUUAAUUUGUUGGGUUUUUUUUUACCUAGCGGCAUGAGCUGCACAUGAUAUUUACUCUCGGUCCGUUCCUCAUUGCGUCCCGAAGACCGCGCUGACUGCGUUUUAUUUCCGCUUUACCUGGUAUAAUUCAAUAAUCGGAAUUUGGAUGUUUGUGAAUCGUUCUCGAAUCUUCCACGGCCGAAUCGCGAAUAAUCUAAGAAUCGGAAAUUUUGCACUGCUCUAAUCCUUUCCAAAAUUGACAUCUUUUUCAAUGCAUGCUACAAUUGGAUUGCACUAUAAACAUGACUUGUGCAUAAUGUAAAAAAAAAAAAAAAACCUAUUAAUACACUCAUGUUAAGUUGUCUGAACAUGAGGUGUUAAUGAAGAGGCCGCUGGGAUACACAUACAGUAGAGGUCCCUCAUAGCCAAUUGAAUGCCAGGAAUGCUAGGCAAUAGCCAAUGUCAGAGCAGCUAUGUUACAUUCAGUAAACUCUGGGAGCUGCGAGUUCCAACCAGACUGAAAUUUCUUUAACAAGAGGCAAUAGUUUACGUUGAGAUGUGUCUUAACCUGAAAAUUUUGUAUGUAGAGAUGUUAAGUAGAGGUACCACUAUAUACCCUAUAUUUGGCAGGGAAUGAGUUAAGGUGCUAUGAAAGGUUACCACGUCAUAAAAUAACUGCACUUACAUGUAGAGAAAUUAGCACUCAAGUCUUUUAGUUUAACAGUUAUUCCACCCUAAACAAUACAUCAGUGAAACACUUUUUUCAGCAAUUUUGAUCCACGUCUAGGUUCCCAGUGCAUGCCAUAGCUAGUACAUGUUGAAACAGUAGUUACAUGACAGGUCACCAGAUAGCCUGUUGGCAGACUGCAAAAACCUGCAGCUUUUACAGUGGGCGGGGCAAGGCAGCUGAAAAAGGAAGACAAUUUAAGAUCUAAUUUCAUUAUUACCGUAAUUUCCCGACUAUAAUGCGCACCCCAAAUUUACUUGUAAAAUGUAGGGGAAAUUAUUGUACCCGUUGAUAACGCCUACCCUAAUUUUAGCACCAAUAAAUAGAAGAAUACAAGUAAAGAGCUCGUGUACAGAUACAGAAAUGUCAUUUUACUGACUGGUGAAACACAGCACAAACAUAGCAUAUUGGUAGUUCAAAACCUUACCAUAAACUGACAAUAUUUACGGUAAUAUGAUUUGACAACUUCUCCAAUUUAGCAGAAUCUAGGAGAAAACAAAACAGAUGUGACUUCUUUUAAAGGCUGCUGUAUAACUUGCUCGUUUCAUCAUGAUGAAUAAAUGUUUCUUCCAUGGAUUGAUAUGGUAAAAUGAAAGUACGUAAGUCAGAAAUCCGAGAGCUCAUCGCUGUCGACACUGACGUUCUAUGUUGUGGCACUGUUGGAUCCAUGCUUCUGUGUUGUCAUAUCUAUGUUGUGAUUGUCUGAGCCAGAGGGCCGCUAAUGCUAGACAAAAGAGCGCCGCAUUAUAGACGGACUGUCAGCAUUGAAGUUCACUGAAAGCAAGAAAUAAAAAGUACACGGCACUCGAAGUCGUUUUUUUUUUCCCAAGACAAAAGACACGACAGUAACAAUAGGAACUAUUGUUAUUUGGGUUUGAGUUUCCCGAGGGGCAGAUAUAGUUGACGGACACACACAGGAAGUCUGUGUUGUUACGUUUAUGGUCGGAGCUGCAAUAAUCGUCGACUCAAAUGAGUUCAAGAAACUAAGUUCUGUGCUUUAUGAAGAGUGAAAACAAUAAAACAAACCAGUCAUGUUACAACAUGAACAUUUUUUUAUUAUUCCAAACAAUUUAACCAAGCUUGGUAGCCAACUCUUUGGCUUUGGCUUUCUCAAGCUUUGCGAUGCGAGCAGUGGACUUGGGACCCAUGAUGUUGCCUCCCCAGUGACGACGGAUCUGCAAAAACCACAACAUGAGGAACAUUCACACCUUUAGUCACUGUAUGGAAUUAAAAGAAGUUCUCACCUCUUCAUAUCUGUCGUUGUAAUUGGUCUUGACGGCCUCCACGAGCUUGGCGAGGGCACCUUUGUCCUCGCUGCGGGAAAGAGGCGCGAUGCUUAAAUCCGGUUCUGACAAUUGGGAAACUAAACAUGACGUGCUUACGGGUUGGUCUGCGUGAAGGCCACUGAGGUGCACGUCUUCCUGUGCACCAGCUUGCCCAGGCGCGCUUUUCCUUUCACGAUGCAGUAAGGGACGCCCAUCUUGCGACAGAGUGCGGGAAGGAAGACCACCAACUGAGAAAGAAACACCAGGUUGGUAUUUGGAGGUUGACAUCCCCAUAUAGCCUGGCCAAGUCUGUUGGGCUCAGGGUUAAAAAGCUCGUAUGUUUUGAUCAACACAAUGAUUCAGGUGAAGAAAUUCAAGCAUCAUUGCCAAGAGAACCACCCCGUUUCCCGCAAUUCCGUACACUUACCUCGAUGGGAUCCACGUCGUGGGCGAUGACCACCAGCUGGGCCUUCUUGCUCUCCACCAGUGAUGUGACGGUGUUGACACCUGGAAGGGAAGGACGAUUAACGAGAAUAAAGGGAACGUUCACAGCUGAAGCUGGUUCUCGUGGGCACUUUUUGCUCAGGGUUAAAAAGCUCAUAAAGCAUCAAGAUGAUUCUCAGGUGAAGAAAUUCCAAGUCACAUCAUCGCAAAUCAGGCCACUUUGGGGUUAGGACUGCCACAAAAUGUCGAUUGCUUUUUUUCUUUUCUUUCGAUGAGUCAACUCAUCUAGUGUUAUUGACUGUUCUAUUACUAUCUCAUUU